AUGAUUAGAUUUCAAUCGAAAUACAGUUGUAAGAAUUAUUUAAUGUCAGUAUGUAAAAAUGCAACAUGGAAACAACACUGUUCAUCGUUAAUAAUAACAAGAAGCAAUUCAGUAGCAUCAUCUAAACUAUCAUCCUCAUGCUUGUCAAAUAAGUUAAAUAAAAUACCUACACCAAAAAAAUUGAAAAGUUUCCUAGACGAGUAUAUAAUCGGACAAGAUGUUGGAAAAAAAGUACUAAGUGUAGCAGUAUAUAAUCAUUAUUUGAGAGUUAAUGACAAAUUGAAAAGGACUGAAUCUGAGAAGAGAAAAGAAAUGCUAGAAGAACAGUUGAAAAUUGAAAAAGAAAGAUUAAAGGUGCUACAAGAAGACAGAGAAGACGGUGGAAUCAAAACUGAAACCAAGUAUUUAGAUGAUACUGAGGCUAGACAUGGAUUAAGGAAUUUAGAAUUGCAAUUAUCAUUUGAAAAAAAUAGAUUUGCGGGUGAUUGCGAUUUAGAACUUUCUAAAUCCAAUGUGUUAAUGGUUGGCCCAUCCGGCUCAGGCAAGACUUUAUUGGCAACUACCUUAGCCAGGAUUUUAGACGUUCCAAUUUCCAUCACUGAUUGUACGCAGUUGACACAAGCAGGGUAUAUUGGAGAAGAUGUCGAAGUUUGUAUUGAAAGGUUGCUGAUAAAUGCGGAUUAUGAUAUUGCGAAAACUGAAAGAGGUAUUAUUGUGUUGGAUGAAAUUGAUAAAUUGGCAAAGACAAACGGAUCUCCUGGCACUAAGGAUGUUUCCGGUGAAGGUGUUCAACAAGCUCUACUAAAAAUUUUAGAGGGACACCCAGUGUCACUUACUAUUAAAAAGCCUGUUAAUAAUGAAAAGGACAAAAAUGGCAAUAGGGUGAUGGGUAAAAAGGAGGAGACGUUUGUCAUUGACACAUCAAACAUAUUAUUUAUAUUGACGGGUGCAUUUGUUGGUUUAGAUAAAGCAAUUGCUAAGAGAUUACGAGGGAAUGAAAAAGCUCUUUCGGAUAAUGAUAAUAUUGAUAUUGAAGAGAUUGUUUUAAAAAACGGCUCUAAAACUAGUGCUCUAAGUUUAGUAACGCCCACCGAUUUGGCUUCAUUCGGUUUAAUACCGGAACUAAUAGGGAGAGUUCCGGUUUUAACUGCUCUUGAACCAUUGAAAAAGCAAGAUUUAUUCAAUAUCUUAAAAGAACCUAAAAAUGCCAUUUUGAAUCAAUAUAGUUACAUUUUCAAGCAAUUUGGUGUGAAAUUAGCCGUUACCGAUGAAGCUUUGAAAAGCAUUUCACAGCUAGCGUUACAAAAUGGUACAGGUGCCAGAGGGUUAAGAGGAAUAAUGGAAAAAUUAUUGUUAGAUGUUAAUUUCAAUUGUCCGGAAUCUGGUAUAAAAUAUGUCUUGAUUAAUUCCAAAACUGUCAACUCUUUGAAAGAACAUGAAAAUAAUUUAUCUGCCACGAAUGUUAAGGCGCAAUAUUAUUCCAGGGGCCAAGUAGAUGAUUUUAUUCAUGAUGCAUAUGAAGAAGAUCAUAAAUUAGGACUUGAAUUGGAUAGUUUUUUCAAUAUAACAUCCGCAAUUGAGGGCAAAAAAAGAGAUGAAGGAUUAAACAGCAUUUAA